CCUCUCUCUCUUUCUCCAUCUUCUCCAAAAUUCCAAAAGUAAAAAAAAUGGGUUCAGAGACUUUCCUCGAAGUGAUUCUGGCGAUUCUUCUGCCUCCCGUUGGUGUUUUUCUCCGAUAUGGUUGUGGGGUAGAGUUCUGGAUAUGUUUGUUGUUGACUGUGCUAGGAUACAUCCCUGGGAUCAUCUACGCUAUCUACGUCCUUGUCGGAUAAUGAAUGACCAAAUCAUCUUUCUUGUACAGUUUUCAUCUGAUUUUAGCCUUUGCUGUUUUUCAUCACUACUCUUGUAAUAAACACACUACCUGUUCUCGCUAAAUAAUACUAUUCUUGCAUGUUUUUUUA